AUGCGUUUCAUUCCUAGCGUCGUCCUGCUUGCCUUCCUGGGAGCCAACGUUAUUGCUAUGCCUGUUACUCCGAUCGAAGCCAAGAGUGUUACUAAUGUAGCACUUGAGGAUGGAGCAAUGCUGGCCGAACGCAACAUCGAUAGAGGCACCUACCGCAGAGACGAGCUCGACGAGCGCAACAUCGACAGAGGCACCUACCGAAGAGACGAGCUUGACGAGCGUAACAUUGAUAGAGGUACCUACCGAAGAGACGAGCUCGACGAGCGUAACAUUGACCGUGGUAACUACCGCCGAGAGGUGGAUAAUGUUGAUGUCUACAAACGCAACAUUGACCGUGGCACUUACAAGAGGGACAUUGAAGAGCGUAAUAUCGAUCGCGGAAUUCACUAG